CGGCAGGCGGGGCUGGUUGCCGGCGUUAACGCAAACCAACUUGAGCUUUUUCCCUCCGCGCGCGUGUUUCCUCACGUAGGCGAGAAAAAACUGGGCACGGUAAUUACUCCUGAUACGUGGAAGGAUGGCGCAAGGAACACCACAGAAAGUGGGGGCCGAAAACUGAAUGAAAACAAGGCUUUGACUUCAAAGAAGGCAAGGUUUGAUCCUUAUGGAAAGAACAAAUUUGCAAUAUGUCGGAUUUGUAAGAGUUCUGUCCAUCAGCCAGGGUCUCACUACUGUCAAGGAUGUGCCUAUAAAAAAGGCAUCUGCUCAAUGUGUGGCAAGAAAGUCUUGGAUACGAAGAACUACAAGCAAACCUCUGUCUAAUUAUGUUGAUCAGGCUUUUCACGAACUUUAACUUCUGCAUCUUUGUGCAGCAGCUUUUCUCCAGAGUCAUUUGUGAAUUUUACUUUCUAGAAGAUAAUUCAUCUUUCUUGGAAUGGGAUGAGAGGUAAAGAAAGCCUGAUUGUUUGCCAAGAAACAUGUAUGAUAUUUGAAUUUUGUUUUAGCGCUAAUGUUAACUGUUAUUUAAAGGUGAUGGUUUGUAGCAACUGAUGAAGCUCAAAAUGAGAGAGAAGAGAUCUUAGUGGAUAGGCUGAAACUAUACUACCAUCAUAAUGCAGAUCCCUGAGCUAAUACUUUUACUUUUUUGUUGCUGUAUUAUGAGUCUUCUGCUUGUCUGAUAGUACUGUUUUAUUGAUCUAUAAGUUUAUAUCGCCUUCCUAAAGUAGUAUCUUAACUAGUUCUGUGCUUAUAUGCAUUUAUAAUUAUUUUCAUCCCAAAUUAGUCUCAUCCCAAGUUAUGUCCUGCACUUUGAAGUACUGCUCUUCUAGUUUUAAUAUACUCGUCCUUCUGAGAUGUGUUUCUGUAUACAGUAGGGUUGACUGAAUCGCAAAUUGUUUAACUAUGAAAAUCUAGUGUAUUACUCUACCGGUUCUUCCUUUUGCAGUGAGACUGAUUAGCUAUUGUCAACCUCUAAGAAGGUUUUACAUACGGCAUCUAGUGGCGCAAGGCAAUAAAAUGAGCAGCAGUUUCUAA